UAUAUAUGGUGAUUUUUUAAUUAUAUGUUGAACAUUUUUAUAAUACACACUGAACAUUUUUUAAUAUACAUUGAAAUUUUAUGUAUAGCAUAUACUGAUUUUUUUUCUAAAAUAUACUCCCUCCGUCCCAUAAUAUAAGAGCGUUUUUGACACUACACAAGUGUCAAAAACGCUCCGUCCCAUAAUAUAAGAGCGUUUUUGACACUACACAAGUAUAUUUCUAUUUUUAAUAAUUUUUAAAAUAUCUAGUCUAGCUCCUAAAAAACAACAGCCGGUCAUGGGCAGUGUGGGCUGUCCCAUUUGCGAUGGCCUUGAGCGAAGGCUCUCCUUCUGUAACGCACUGAGCUGAAACAUAUAUAUUCCGGUUGCUUGCAGCUCCGGCCCACGUCGCCAAAACCCCACCCAAAACCCCGCCUUUGGCAUGCCCAACAGGGUUACAGCGCUUCCCCGCCGCCGUUUCAGCCCAGCUGCCCCAUCCCAAAUCAGUCUCUCCUCGGUCUCUCUCCUCCGUGCGCCGCCACCCCCGCCGCCACGGCGCCUGCCGGUGAACCCCUCCGUUGGCGACCAUCGCGCUCGCCACCGCCCUCCCCACCGCUCGGCUCCUCCUGCGCGGGCGCAUGGCCUCCUCCGCCUCCGUUGCGGUCCUCACCGCACCCCCCUUUCCCACUUGCCCCUCCUCCGACGACUCUGACGACGCCAAGCCCCUCCCGCCUCCACCCACGUCGGGAGAAACCCGCCCUCCUCCGCAGCAUCAGCAGAGGCCGCGGUGGUGGCAGCUGGAGCGCGACUGCAACGUGGCCAUGAAGGCCCUGGCGCGUGCGGGCGAAGUCGACCAGGUGCUCGCCCUCUUCACCGAGCUCAGGGCUUCCAGAACCGGCCCGGGUGGUGCCUCGCCGCCCAGUGUGCUCUGCUACAACACUCUCGUCAACGCGCUCGCAGAAGCUGGCCGCGUGGAGGAGGCCCACAACGCGUUCGACGAAAUGCUUGCAACAGGGGUGGCGCCCAAUGCAUCGUCCCUCAACAUCCUUGUCAAGCUGCAUUCGUGGAGAUCUGCGCGGUUUGACCUCGCGUACCAGGUGAUCAUCCGGUUGCAAGAGCUCGGGGUGGAAGCUGACGUGGGCACCUACUCCACGCUUGUCACGGGGCUGUGCCGUGUGGGGAGAGUGGGCGAGGCAUGGGGCGUGCUCGAGUGGAUGCUGGAAGUGGGGUGCCGUCCCAUGGUGCAAACUUACACGCCCAUUGUGCAGGGGUAUUGCCGUGAAGGUCGUGUCGACGAGGCCAAGGAGCUGAUGUCCACGAUGGAAAGUGCUGGUUGUCCUCCCAAUGUAGUCACCUACAAUGUUCUGAUCAGGGCUUUGUGUGAUGCUGCCAGAUUUGACGAAGUCAGGCAGGUUUUAAUGGAUAGUAGAACCAAGGAUUGGAAACCAAGUACUGUCACCUACAACACAUUUAUGAAUGGUCUCUGCAAGAAAGGUAUGGCUAAGGAAGCACUUGAGCAGUUGGAUGUUAUGCUAGGCGAAGGGCUGGAUCCCACAGAUUUCACUUUGAGUAUUCUUCUGAAUUGCCUUAGCCAUGACAAGAGGAUUCAUGAUGCCGUAUGCUUGCUGGAGAGGAACACAUCAUUGAAAUGCUAUGCUGGUGUUGUUGCAUACAACACUGUGAUGAGCAGGUUAGGUGAAAUGGGACAUUGGAUGGGUGUUCUAAAGUUGUUGACAGACAUGAUCAAGAGAGGUGUCAUGCCAAACACGAGGACGUUCAACAUUGUCAUUCGUAGUCUUUGCUUUCGCCGAAAGUUCUCCAUAGCCAAGAGCCUCGCAAGUAACCAAGGUUUUGCUGCAAAUGUCGUGACAUACAAUACACUCAUUUAUUUUGUUUUUUACUACAGUCGAAAGCUCAGUGAGGUGAAGGACCUAAUAUUUGACAUGACAGCAGUGAGGAUUGCUCCAGAUGAAGUUACCUACACUAUAAUCGUUGAUGGAUUAUGCAGAGAUGGAUUUUUUGAUACAGCCACUAGUUACUUUCUAGAAUCGCUUGAGAUUGGACUGUCAAGGGAUCUUUUUGCUGUCCUUACAAACAGGCUUGCUCACAAUGGCAAGAUCUGGGAGACUAUUCACAUAUUCAAGGGAAUGGAAGAAAAAGGUUUUAUCCCUGAUAAUUCUAUAUUUGACCUCACAAUCAGAAUAUUCUGUAGGGCUGGUUAUUGUCACGACACAGAUAUGUUUAAGCUUAACUUUGUUCUAGAUACGAUGUUGGGCAAGCAGUGAACUGAACCCUUGUGUAUCUAGGAAAGCCGACAAUAAUUGAAGACAUGAAUGAAGAGUCGACAUUACUAAAGAUACUGACACAUGUUGUGUCUGGCUUUUAUAACACUCUGUACGUGGUACAAAGAUGGCCACAUGCCUGUUCAUGUUAACAUAUUCCACACUGCCACUCGACAGAUGAAGUCUAACUGCUUUGUAAUCAGCAACAUGCUGCACAGGUGGGAUUCGAAUGUAACUCAAACACGUGCUUUUACUGCACCUGUCUUUUGUGAGUGUAAUCUUGCUGGGUGUCUGGGUCUUUCCGGUAAUUUGUGUAGCAGACACAUGACUCUUAAUAGGACUCAGAUGACCAUGAAGUUUUGAAAUCAAUAUAUUUUUCAUCUUUAUUAUCUUGUUUGAAGGAUUCUUGUUAUCUGGUUCAGAUGAAAUUUGAUUAGCGAGGUGCUGGGAUUGCUAUGUGUAUUUAUAGAAGACAGAGAAAAGUGGCAGGGUAUAGCAGCAAAGGCCAGCAAUCUCCGUCUCACCCUUCCGGACGCUCUAGCACACAUUUACUCCUGCGAGCUAGGGUUUGGUUAGGCAGUGGGCCUUGACCAGUAAAGCCGUGACCGACCUUGACCUAUCCAGUUCACAAACAAGGAUUCAUGUUCAUGGGGGCGCUUACUCAGAGGGUUGUGCGUGCUUCUAUCAAUGCAUCAAGUCGCAAAGCUUCUGCAUUUCCUCUCUGAAGGACCAAAACAGUGUCUUGGUAGCUUACUUGAGCUAUAUGAAGCGAUGCCAUUUUUGUUGUGUUUUGAAUGAUUUCUAAUAUUGUUUUUACUUGUCGGUAUCAGCGUAGUCAACCUUCCAGACAUGCAAGUAUUGCGGCGAGGUUCUGUUUUAAAUGAUUGCCAUGGCAGGUUAAUCUUUUCCGUUUCCUAACAUGCCUCGUCCACUUGGAUGUAUGCCUUCCUUUUGCCGAAUUGUAUGUAGACUUGCAGGAAUGAAUAUAUUAUGGCAUGAGCAAUGUUGAUUAGUA